UGUAAUACAACUAUGACAGUGAUAACUAUUGAAUCAGGAUUCCCAGAUGUUCGGCACAUAUCUAGUUUUGUGUUCUUUCACAAAACUCGAUACUUGAUUAUGAUACUUUCGCUUUUGUGUAUGACAGUUGGUCAAAUGAAUUCCUUAAGCUUCAACUUCACAGUUAUUUGUAUGGAAGAUGUAGUUGUGGACUUUCAUAGUAAUAACAGAACGGAUUUGCAUUGGCUGGAAGAUCCAAGUCAAAAAUCUUGGAUUUUCUCAGGAGUUGCAAUUGGAGCAGUAAUUGGAUUGCUUCCACUCGUGCCAAUGUUAGAUAACAUUGGGUUGAGAAUAACCUUCACACUAUUUGGUAUAAUCUCUGCUGCCAGUUCUCUACUCUUUCCAUUAUCAGUUCACAUGGGAUUCUAUGCUGUUUUUAUUGUAAGAAUAUUACAAGGAAUCGGAACAUCAAUCCUCUACACAGUUGUCGCUUAUAUUCCGGGAAUAUGGGCUCCAAAGACUGAAAUGGGCACUUUUUUGGCAGUUUUAUCAUGUGGUUUCCAAUUGAGCAACAUCAUCUGUAUGCCCGUUUCAGGAAUACUUUGCGAAUCGGAUUGGGGGUGGAGGCCGAUCUAUUACAUUUUUGGAUCACUUACUAUUCUCGUCUAUAUGGUAUUUUUCUUUUUGUACGCUGAUGCUCCUAAGAAUCAUUUCCACGUAUCAUCCAAAGAGCUGAGUAUGAUUUGUGCUGAAAAGAAGCCAAAGAAAGGAAAAGAAAGUGUUCCGUACCGAGCAAUAUGCUUUGAUAAAUGUGUACUUGCAACGUGGCUUUCAAUGUGCGGAAGAAAUGUUGCAUUCUACGUACUUGUUUUGUAUGGACCUACUUAUCUGAGAGAAGUUUUACAUUUUGAUGUAAAAGGCACCGGAUGGGCAGCAGCUUUACCGUUUGUUUCGUGUGCAAUUGUUAAAUUUGCAUCAGGUCAACUAACGGAUAGACUGACAAUGUUUUCCGAGAAGACAAAGUUUGUUACCUGCACACUAAUCUCCAUGAUUGGAUUGGCCGCUGGAUUUGUCGUCAUGUCAUUGACAUCUUCCAGAACAAUUGCCCAAAUUUCAUAUACUUUUGCAGUUACUCUGUCAGGCAUUACAAUCAUGGGUACAGUUAAAUGUUUGCAACUGCGAUGCCAACAACAUGUUCACUUUGCAACUGUUGUUGUUGCAUUCAUGGCAUGCAUUUGGCAGUUUUUGGUACCUCUUGGAGUAGGGUACCUUUGUCCGAAUAAUACUCCUGAAGAAUGGUCUUUCUUGUUUUUUAUUGUAUCCGGAAUUGUUUUAAUUGUCAAUAUUCCUUUCCCGUUUUUGACUACCGCUGAAGCUGCGGAUUAUGCCAAACGAUUUUAAUAAAUAUCACUUUU